AUGGACGGCCGCAAGCUGCAACUGAAGAUGUUCACGGUGAUCGUCGAUCUGGAUCCUCGUCUUAUAGUUCCUUUGGACUACACCAACAAUAGUGUUGGUGUAGCCAAAAUCGCGCUCGGCCGGUACAAUGCAACAAUAACCCCUCGCAAGGGCGCUGUCUUCGUCAACCCUGGAGGACCUGGUAAUCCAGGCGUCAUUGGCGAGGACUACGACAUCAUUGGUUUUGACCCACGAGGAAUUGGCUUGUCCGAGCCUCAGACCAAGUGCUUCAUCGAGAACGGUUCACGCGAGGCGUUCAGCGCGAAUACUGUUCUCGAUCGCGGCUACGACGUUUCCCCAAACCUGACCGACUCGUACAACCGCUUCCACCUCAUCGAGACCCAGCGGGAUGCGAACGCGCUUGACCAAGCGCAGUUCGAGGUCUGCGCACAGACGAUGGGCGAGACGAUCAAGUAUGCGGGCACGACGUCCGUCGUGCGCGAUAUCGACUUCAUCACCACCCUGCUCGAGGGCAACGACUCACUGAUCAGCUUGUACGGUUUCUCGUAUGGGACAAUCAUGGGUCAGUACCUCAUUAAUAUCUUCCCGGACCGGGUCGGGCGCGUCGUCAUCGACGGGGUCGUCGACGUCAACUUGUGGGCGAACAAGGCGCCCUACCAGCAGCUGCACCAGUGGCUCAACUCGACGGACGCGACAUACGAGGUCUUCAUCGCGGAGUGCACCAAGGCGGGCCCCGCGUCGUGCGCGCUCGCGCAGAAGGACAACGAGGACCCGAAGGACAUCUUGGACCGCGUCGAGCGCUGGAUCGACGGUCUGUACAACGCACCCCUCGCGGUGCCCAACGCGGCGCGCCCCGGCAUCCUCACGAACGGCCGCGCCCGCCUCUUCAUCGAGGGCGGCCUGGAGAGCCCCACGGGCUGGCCGCAGAUCGCCGCGGGGAUCGGAGGCGAUGCGGGGCGACGGCGCGGCGGUGCUAAACGUCGUGAACACGCGGGAGCUCGUCGACCUCGAGCGCUCGGCGGUGUCGUGCAACGACCAGCGGCCGUUCGCGCCGCCCAAGCCCGAGACGAUCGUCGACGCGGGCCUGGAGCCCGCUCGGGGUGCCAGUACUGGCCUGUGACGCCCCCGGAGAGGUACCUCGGGCCGUGGAACAAGACGCUGAGCAACCCGAUUCUGAUCAUUUCGAACACUAACGAUCCCAUCACGCCUCUCGUCAACGGCGAGACCGCCCAUGGGUACUUCCCCAACUCGUCUGCCUUGCUCGUCCAGAACGGUCCGGGGCACACCUCUCGCGCGCUCAAUUCGGCGUGCACGGUUUUCUCGACUCGUGCUUACUUUGCAGACGGCACGCUGCCUGCUGCAGGCACGGUCUGCGAGGUCGACGAGAGCCCCUUUCCGCCCCCAUCGGAUUCUACCUCCUCACAUUCCUCUGCGACCGGCGUUGCAGCGGCCGUUGUGGACUCGAAGACGAGGGUUCUGGACUAUAUUCACCACAUGAGCGCAAACAAGCUCCACAGGGCCUACGGCCCAUCGUAA